AUACAGCUACUGGUGGAAUAGCAAGCUUUUUUCCCAAAUCAAAUCCUGCUAGUGUUGCACCGUCCAGUUCCCCAAAUGCUUCACAAAAUUCAAAUACUUUGUAGAUGAUGCUGUAGGAGCUUCAAAAAAUGUUUUGGAUGCUGUAAUUUUGUGGUGUUUGAACGUGGUGACAACUCAUUACUCUUACAGAUCUAGUAGUGACAUGGGCAGACUUUUUUUCAAUUAUGUUCCCUGACAGUCUUAUAGCAAGACGCUUUUCUUGUAGUGAGAGAAAGCUUGCUUAUCUCUGCCAUUUUGGAUUAACACCUUAUUUUCAGAGGCUCAUGUAUAACGAAUCUAAGAAGCUAUCUCACUUCACAUUGUUAUUUGACGAGACUUUGAAUACGACAAAUCAAAAAAAGCAAUUAGAUUUGCAUGUUAGAUAUUGGCAUCCUGACCAAAAUAAAGUUGUAACUCGAUUUUUGACCUCUGAUUUCAUGGAACAUACAACAGCUGCUAAUAUUUUUAUAUAUCUAGUUAUCUUAUUAUAUGUAGUUAAAAAACUAGAUAUAAAGAAGCUGUUACAAAUAAGUAUGGAGGGGCCAGUCGUAAAUUGGAAGUUUUAUGAAACCCUCCAAUAUGAAUUGAAAAAGGAAUAUGGCAUUGAAUGUAUAUCUAUUGGUAGUUGUGGUUUGCAUAUUUUGAACAAUGCUUUCCGUAAAGGAGCAUCCACUACAAGCUGGGAUGUACCUUCUAUUUUAGGAGCACUGUACCAUCUAUUCAAAGAUUCUUCAGCAUGUCGAGAAAAUUUUUUAACAGAUAGUUAUAAACGACUGAAAGAAAUAUCCGUAGCGCAAUUUUGUGAUCCAUUAACUGAUGAGGAUGAACUGAAAGAGAAGAAACAAAUGAAAACUACUGAGAUUGGAAUAUUAACAUUAUCAGUAGAUUCGUCAAUUUCUGAGUUAACAAGUAAGAAGGUGAAUUUUGCAAAAGAUAUGAUAUUGGACAUAAUUGAGGGUUUAAAUGAUACUGAUUUAAGUGCAGAUACAUCUGAAUACAACUCCAGGGUAGAGGAAAACUUAAGUUCCAACAAUGGAAGAAGUGCAUCAGAUAUCAGAACUGGUAUUGCUACAGAAAAGGAUACUGAUACAAUUGCAAACACAUCUGAAUCUCGUUCUACAAGCAAUGGAAGCUUAACGUCUGAGAAUGUGGAAGCUGAAUCAGAUCUUAAAAUUAGUGUUAAAAAUAAGAACAUUGAUUCAACCACAAAGACAUCUGAAUCUAGUUCUAGGAGCAAUGGAUGCCAAAUUCCUGAAAACAGGAGCACCAUAUCAAAUCUUAAAAUAAGUGGAAAAUUCAAGAAUACUGAUAUAACUGCAAAUGCAUCUAAAUCCAAUUCCAGGCGUAACAAAAAUCUGAUUACUAAAAAUCAUAAAAGAAAAUCAUCUGUCAGAAGUGUCAAAUAUGAGAAUACUGAUUCUAAUAGCCAAAAUUCUAAUAGUUCUAAGACAACAGGUCUUUGUGAAAAAUGUGAAACUUUAAGUGAGAAAUUCGUGGAGAUGAAUACGAAUUUUCCAAAUAGAGAUGAUGAUAGUGAGUCUGAUGUGUCUGUAGGAUCUAUAAGUUCAAUCCAUACAAGUGAUUUGUCAUCUUUUGAUGAUGUAAUCAGUAUUUCUUCUGAAGACGAGUCAGGUCAAAAGAAAAGAAAAAAGAUAUCUAUAAAUGAAGCGAACAAGAAAUAUUUCCAUGGUCACCUUUAUGAUAUUUAUGAAGCAGUGUCAAGUGGAAGAGGGAAUGCUCUUCGUUCCUAAG